ACCUUCUCCGACUUAUCAGCCAUCGGAUCAGAGUCUAUUAGCAGUAUACCGAAGCGUUUCUUUGCCCCUUCUUUCACCCACGAAAAUCGUGGAUUCAUGUCGCUCGCGAUGGAGUACCGCCCGUCAUUUAUCCAAGAUCCAGUGCAGCUUGUCAACGAGUGGUGCUCAGCACAAUCGCAGCUCUAUCCCGGAUUACGAUUUGAUGAAAAGCAUUCUAUUUUGUACAAACCAAACCUAUCUGAAGCUGGCAGAGUAACCGUUCUGAGUGGAGGUGGAAGCGGACAUGAGCCGGCCCACUUCGGCUACGUUGGACAUGGAUUGCUUGACGCAGCUGUCGCUGGCUCGCUAUUUGCCUCGCCUAAUGUCAAACAGAUCAACAGAGCUUUGGAAGUGGCAGCAUCCCCACAAGGAACAAUUGUGAUUGUGAAGAACUAUACCGGCGACAAACUCAAUUUUGCACUGGCGAUAGAACGCUUCAAAAGUCGUACCGGCAAUGAUGUCCGAAUGGUGCUUGUUGGUGACGAUGUCUCGGUCCCAAGAUCGCGGGGCAAGUUUGUUGGACGCCGUGGUCUCGCGGGUGUUGCCCUUGUGCACAAAAUUGCUGGCGCUGCGGCACAUCGCGGCUUAGACAUGGAUCGCAUCGUGGAGCUGUGUGAUCUAGCCUGUCAUAAUAUGGGUACUAUUGGCGCCUCUCUUGCGCCCUGUCAUGUCCCGGGCCAUCCCUCUGACCUAAAAAUUGAAACCGUGGAUAUCUUGCUGGGAAUGGGGAUUCACAAUGAGCCCCCGAUCAGCACUCUGCCAAUGACAAGCUCUCCAGCGCGAGUGAUACAGGCAAUGCUUCAGCUUCUCCUGGACAACGAACUGGCGGAACACGGGUUCCUUGAACCUGCUGUUAAAGACUCCAGCCGCAACACGGUGUUGUUGUUAAACAAUCUGGGCGGACUAUCUACCAUCGAGAUUGGCGCUCUCACUGCGAUGACUAUCACAAUAAUGAGAGACCGAUACAAAAUGGUUCCUUGCAGCGUCUUGCGCGGCACCUACCUAUCCGCUCUGGACGGGCAUGGCUUUAGCAUAACGCUACUUUCUCUGGUGGAUUCGGCAGAUGGCUCUUUGCUGCUGAAUCUGUUAGACGAGCAAACCGACGCUAUUGGCUGGACACCUCCUUCAUCUCUCAACAGGGGCUCUGAGCCUGAUGCUUUCGAAAUACACACCACUCAUCCGGCAUCGGGAUCCAUAUGCCUCGAACAAGACUGUCGCUCUUUGAGAAAUCCCAGCAACCCUGUUCCAGUCAUCGUUGAGUCUAUUCUUGCUGAGGUCACCCGUGCGGAGCCCACUAUAACCAAAUAUGAUGUCGUUCUCGGCGAUGGGGAUUGCGGAACGACUCUUCUCGCUGGUGCACAAGCCCUUAAGCGUGCCUCUGACAAAGGUCUCCUCUCAGAACAGGAAUUUGCUCCUUCUCUGAUGGUUCUGGCCGACAUAGUUAUCGAUGCCAUGGGGGGAACAUCAGGAGCUAUCUACGGUAUCUUCUUGACUGCAUUUGCUGCAUCUCUUAACCGCCUUCAGAAAGACUCAGUGGACUUGAGCGUCAAGGAUUUCUCAUUCGCUGCUUCGGGGGCAUUGGAUAUACUCAUGAACUACACCGGAGCUCGAAUUGGAGAUCGCACUUUAAUGGAUGCUCUGAUUCCGUUCGUGACAGAACUUAAGGUCUCACGAAAUCUGAGCGGCCCUGCCGCUUUCCAAAGAGCGCUCGAAUCAGCCGAAUUAGGAUGUCAGAGUACCAGACAGUUGCAUGCUAAAUUUGGACGAUCCACCUACGUUAGUGAAAACGUGGGACGCGAUACAGCCAACGGACACACACGUCCUGCGGAUCCUGGAGCUUGUGGCUUGCUUGCUGUUCUGAAUGGUAUACAGCAUGUGAUAAAAGGCUGCUAA